AGUCGCUUGCUUCUUGUCUUUCUGAGGCAGAGGAACUUCCUAACGGGCGCGGCGAAAAUAUCAGAAAUUCACGUAGAGUGAAGAGUUCACAGGAGGAAGGGGACUUCUGAAACUGACGGCUUCAUCGCGGAAUUUUUCUACAGUGGGGUCUGAGGCUAAGGGCGCCCGUGUCGCCAACGUGAACAAGAAAAGGCUUUUUACAACCAGCGGUGCGUCAGAUUUGAAGUGAUUUUUGGACAUUUUUCUUUUAGGAUCGCUGAAGGCUGUUUUUUAUUUUUAAAGGCACGACGGCGUGACCCAUUCAGGAACACUGAUUUGGCUUAAUCUUUAAACUUCCACCAAUUUUUUAUUUUUGUGCUGGAGUGUCUUUUUGGGUUUGCGGGAAGUGCGACAAGAAGCCAUCGGAACUUUUCUUCGCAGAAAGUCGAUUUGAACUGGCGGACGUCCCUCUCACGAGUCACUCUAGCUCUCCGUUUUUUUUUUUUUGCUCUUUGGUUUCAGAUUGAUGACUUUUUUCCUUUUGACUUCUUGUGCGCUUGUGUGCGAGGAGUUCCGAAAUUUUGCUACGUGGUGCAAAUCAGCAGACGCAGUUCACCUUUAACGCUCCAGAGCGUAUCGUUAUUGAUUGAAAAGGACGUUUUAAUACCCUCGUUGCAAAGGAGUUACGUUUAGGUGCUGGAUUAAAAGCAACUAAUUUCAUACUCGAGGUUUUUCUCCCCUUUUACGAAGAGGAAGCUGCUCGCAGAGAAUACGUAGAGCGAGAUUUAGAAGAACUCCGGGGGCAUUUUUUUUAACACGAUACAACGAAAGCGCGAAGGCUUUUUUUUUGGAGACACCUGCAAGUGGAUCGGGUGGAAAAUCUUACAGCCGCCUUGUUUGCAUUCGAAUCUGCAGCUGUGCAGUCGCAAUCAUGGGCUGUACGGUCAGUGCCGAAGAUAAAGCCGCGGCAGAGAGGUCCAAGAUGAUUGACAAAAACCUCCGCGAAGAUGGAGAAAAAGCCGCCCGAGAGGUGAAACUACUGCUUUUAGGUGCUGGAGAGUCUGGGAAAAGUACUAUUGUGAAACAGAUGAAGAUUAUCCAUGAAGAUGGCUACUCUGAAGAGGAGUGUAAACAAUACAGAGCUGUCGUUUACAGCAACACGAUUCAGUCUAUCAUGGCGAUCAUUAAGGCCAUGGCCAAUCUCAAAAUCGACUUUGGAGAUACCUCACGAGCGGAUGAUGCACGUCAGCUUUUUGCCCUGUCCAGUGCAGCAGAAGAACAGGGAAUUAUGCCAGAUGACCUUGCUAAUGUGAUUCGGCGGUUGUGGGCAGAUUCUGGAGUCCAGGGUUGCUUUACCCGUUCCAGGGAGUACCAGCUCAAUGACUCUGCAGCAUACUACCUGAAUGACCUGGAGAGAAUAGCCAAGGCAGACUACAUCCCCACUCAGCAGGAUGUGCUGCGGACACGUGUAAAGACCACUGGUAUUGUGGAGACUCACUUCACCUUUAAGGAGCUGCACUUCAAGAUGUUUGAUGUUGGUGGACAGCGCUCUGAAAGGAAAAAAUGGAUUCAUUGCUUUGAGGGGGUAACAGCCAUUAUAUUCUGUGUAGCACUGAGUGCCUAUGACCUUGUGCUGGCUGAAGAUGAAGAGAUGAAUCGAAUGCAUGAGAGCAUGAAGCUGUUUGAUAGCAUCUGUAACAACAAGUGGUUCACAGACACCUCCAUCAUCCUCUUCCUAAACAAGAAAGAUUUGUUUGAAGAAAAGAUCACUCGCAGCCCUCUGACAAUUUGUUUCCCUGAAUAUUCAGGUGCAAACAAGUAUGAGGAGGCAGCCAGUUACAUUCAGACCAAGUUUGAAGACCUGAACAAGCGAAAGGACAGUAAGGAGAUCUACACCCACUUCACCUGUGCCACAGACACCAAGAACGUGCAGUUUGUCUUUGACGCAGUUACUGAUGUCAUCAUCAAAAACAACCUGAAAGAUUGUGGACUAUUUUGAAGAGACAUUUUUGGGAUGGAGGAUUACUUGAACUGCUCUGUUCAUCAGAGAGACGCAUGGGACCCACCAGGACAGAUUGCACUGGCUAAGGAAUCCUGCUUUUGUCUGCUUUUUUGUAUAAGAAAGGAAAAAUAAUGGAACUGAUAGCUUGGAGAGCAUUUUAAAAGCCUGCGGGGCUGCAGAUUCCCCAGUUAUGUUAUGUAUUCUUUCAUUAUUAUUUUUUAUAUUUAAAUUUGAGGGGUUGUGUAAUUCCAAGAUGUCUUUUUUAAGUAUUAAGUCAAGACAGCAAAUCAUUUUUUAAUUGACAAAAAACAGUUAGUUGCUUAUUUUUAGAUGUUUAUUUGAAGUCUUAGUUUGAUGUGAAAAUUUUAUGAAGCAUUUGAGAGCUUAAACUAUUUUUUAAAAUAACAGGGGCUGGAAAAUGUAUGUAUGGGGACAGGAAUCAAGAAGAAAAGGAUGGAAAGUGCUAUUUGAUAAUGUUUACACAAAGUCCUCAUUUCUAGCAAAAUCUCCCAUUUACUGCUGCGUGAUGGCUAAGAGUUUUUUUUGUUUUAAAAUUGUAACUUGCACAGGCCAGCAUAAGUUCCCUUUUAACAAUAUAUACAAAAUAAAAACUUUUUCAUGAGGGGUGGGGGGAAAUCCAGAUGUUUCUUUUGAAGUAUAUUUAAUACAUGUAAGUACA